AUGUGCUACGGCCUCGGGAGCUUCUGCUCAUGCGGGAAGGCGCGACUGCAGCUGGCCUUCCUCCUCCUGCUGCUGGAGGAGCUGAAGAUUGCCCCAGGGAGCUGCUUCGUCUUCGACCCCGUCUUUUCCAUGCUGGAAACUGAAUUGCUGGGCGGCCUCAGCCUCACCAUGCUGCAGUGGAACGAGGAGGCGAAACGGAGCAUCGAGGGCCCCACCCUCUUCUACAUGAUCCACUGUGGGAAGGCGCUGUACAACAACCUGCUGUGGAGCAACUGGUCUGCGGAGGCCCUGUCCCAGAUGGUGGUCAUGGGGAACAGCUCGGGCUUUGAAGAGAGGCUGCUGGUCAAAGUCUUCUGGGAGAAUUAUAGCUACGUUGCCAAGGUGUUGGAGGCAACCCAGGAGGAAGCCCUUCCGCCCGAUGUCUUCAACGGCACGUCUGUCCACUGUUUUCCUCUGCAGAAACUGAGGGGCCUCCCCCAGGACUGCUGGGACUGCUGGAUGGAGCCCCGUUACUCAGAAGACGCUCAGCUGGAGAUCAUCAGAAACAAACCCCAACACCUGCACAAAUUUUUCUUUUUUUUUUAA